AUGUUUCCAGGCGUUCUGCUCACCGUCGGACUGGGCUGCGUUGCCAUCUUUACCAGCUACAUUGUUGGCCAGGUGAAGCUGAAGUUCCCAGAGGUCGCGUCCUACGCCGAUGCAGGCCGCCUUCUGCUCGGCCGCUUCGGCUACGAACUCUUCGGUGCUGCGCUGGUGCUCGAACUCGUCAUGGUUGUUGGUUCGCACGCCUUGACCGGCAGUAUUGCGCUCAUCAACAUUAACGGUGGCCAUGUCUGUUCCAUCGUGUUCUCUGCCGUUUCCGCCAUCAUCUUGCUCAUUCUCGCCAUUCCGCCCUCUUUCUCUGAAGUCGCCAUCCUUGGAUACAUUGACUUUGCUUCCAUCCUAAUCGCAAUCGGCAUCACCAUCAUCGCAACCGGUGUCCAAGCUGGUGACAAGGCUGGUGGCAUGUCUGCUGUUGACUGGUCUGCCUGGCCCAAAGAGGACUUGACUUUUUCGGAAGCCUUCGUCGCUGUUUCCAACAUCAUCUUCGCUUUCAGCUUUGCCAUCGGACAAUUCAGCUUCAUGGACGAAAUGCAUACGCCACAAGAAUAUAUGAAAUCUAUUUGGGCAUCUGGCGUCAUUCAAAUCUGCAUCUACACGCUUACCGGAGCGUUGUGCUACGCUUUCAUUGGCAAAGGGGUCGAUUCCCCAGCACUCCUCUCGGCUGGUACGCUCGUCUCGAAAAUUGCAUUUGGCAUUGCGCUCCCUGUCAUCUUCAUUUCCGGUAGCAUCAACACUACUGUCGCCCUGCGCUAUAUCCACGGCCGUAUGUUCAAGAACUCGGUGUUGAAGUAUAUUAACACGGUCGCCGGUUGGGCUUCCUGGAUUGCACUGGUCAUCAUUUUCACCAUCAUUGCGUGGGUUAUUGCCGAAGCCAUCCCUAUAUUUUCUGACCUGCUAUCCCUCGCCUCUGCGCUGUUCGUCUCCGGCUUCUCAUUCUGGAUUCCCGCAGUGAUGUGGUACCGUCUCCUUCGCAAGGGCAGCCCCUUUGCGAGAGAAAAUCUGUUGAUGAGCGCGGCCUGCUUGUUGGCGUUCAUCAUUGGGAUCGUGACGCUGGGUGCCGGAUCUUACGCAACGAUUGCGGACAUAAUCAAACUUACCACAACUGGAACCGCGCAUAAGCCGUUCACUUGCCGCUCUGCAUAG